AUGGCCGAGUUCGACAUUCAACAGCUCGUCCUGGUCUCGGAUGCAACCAACGAUGCAGAGAACCUGGAGCACCUGGGCCCUACCAUGAAGGACGUCUACCGCAACAACAAGAUGAAGCCCUUUCUCGACCAGCUCGGCAUGUUCAUUCGCCGCAAGGAGAUGGAAAUCGAAAAGAUGUGCAACUCCAACUACCAAGAGUUCGUCCAGUCUGUCGACCGACUGCUCAAGGUCAGACAGGGCACCGUUGACCUAAAAGACAAGAUUCAUACCCUCAACACAGACGUCCAGCUGGCUGGAAAGGAGUUGACUGCCAAGAAACGUGAGCUGGUAGAGUCGAAACGCAUUCAGGAGAACAUCGCCACGGCGACGGAGACGUUAAAGACCUGUAUUCACUUUUUGGAUCUCGCCAACCGUGUCAAUGUCCAGGUCGAGGCGAAGAAAUACUACUCCGCCUUGCGCAUUGUUGACGAGAUUCAGGUUGUCCACCUUCGUAGUGUCAUCCAGUUCGAGUUUGCAAGGCAUAUGCAGGACUGUGUGCCAAUCCUGCAGCACGCUAUCAAAGAUGCAGUUACGACAGAGAUGAAGGAGUGGCUCUUCAGCAUCCGAACAAGUCAAAAGGCGAUGGGAAAGCUUGCUAUGGACAGAAUGUCGGCCAGACAACAGCGGUGGCGCGAUAGAUCCAGCAAGGGUUUCAAACUAAAGACAUCGCACAACGUCAACUCUGCCGUCGAGGCAGCUGUCAACGAGGAGAGCGAAAUCGACAUCCUCGAUGCAGAUCAAGUCAAGAUUGACUUUAAACCCUUAUACCAGUGUCUUCACAUCUACGAUGAGCUUGGACAGCGCGCAGAGUUCAGGUCAAACUACGCCGAAGACCGACGUGCCCAGGCGAAAUUGACGCUGUCAUCAAUGACAUCGUCCUUCAACCUCAAGGACCGCAACACCGACAACUUUGAGUCAUUACUUCAGGAUAUUGUCGGCUUCUUCAUUGUCGAAUACAUCAUUCUGCACUCUACAACCAACUUUAGAACCCAAGCUCAGUUGGACGAGCUUUGCGAUCUUGUUACAGGACUUUUGCUCCGCAUGCUUUCGGAGGGCCUGGAAAAGUGCAACGACCCCGACAUGUUCUUGAACGUGAAACUGUUGUUGAUGAUCUAUAUCCAAACCAUGGAGUCGUACAGCUACCCUGUUAGCAAGCUGAACGAUCUUCUUCUCACGCUGUUCCGCACCUACGCCGAUCAAUUGGAGACAAAGUUCAGUGCCAACUUCCACAAGCUUGUGGAUGAGGAUGACUACACACCAAUGUUGGUUGAAAAUCAGGACGAGUACAACCUGCUGCAGAUGUCCUUCCGUUUCAGAGAAGAGCGCAGCGCCGCAAGACAAGGUUUUCCGAGAACUCUGCCCUUCUCAAAGGUGGUGCCAUACUGUUGCGAGGACAUUAAGCAGUUUGUCACACAGUUCUAUCGCUUUGUUGAAGGCUUCAAUCAAGAGCAGAGCGAAAUGGACGAGCUCGUUAAGGAAAGCUUGGAUACCCUCCUGAUCCAGCACGUUCACUCGGUGUGGUUGAAAAAGCUUGAGUCAAGGAACCUUUCUCAGAUCGCGCAAAUCAUCAUCAACUUGGAGUACUUCCAAGGCGCCUGUACUGACUUUGAGCAGAUGAUGACCGAGUUGAGGUCGACAUCUGAUACGACAAAGAUCUCGCUCCAGGCUACAGGAUUGUUCAGAGAGACCAGACGAAGUGCAGAGAACCGUAUUUCGGAACUCGUCAACUCCAAGAUCGAUGACAUUCUUGAGUUGGCAGAAUAUGAGUGGCUCCCCUCCAGUGUUCAAGAAAUGCACAGCAUGUACCUUCAAGAGUUGGUCUCGUUCCUUGAAGUUGUCAUGAGUGCCACGCUACUAAACCUGCCCGAGUCGAUCAAGGCCUUUGUCUAUUAUGAUGUGCUGGAGCACUUGGCCAACAUGCUGCAUAGCAUCUUUACGGAUCCCAACGUGAAGCAUAUCAACCAAAACUUCGUGGCGACGUUCAACAUGGAUGUCAGUUUCUUGGAGAAGUUUGUUGCCACAUUUGAUAAUGCCAACGUCGCUAUGACAUUCCUCCCUCUGAGACAGAACACGGAGGAGUACAUGGACCCUCAGAUCCGCAGCCAGCACUAUGCUCAAGUCAAGCCUGAGGAUGUGACGAGGAUGCUCGAAAAACUUAUGACAGCUCCAGUAGCGGCUGCAGCGACGACGCAGGAGAAGACCAAGCGACGCAGUUGGGGCAAGGUGCUCGAGUGGGGAGGCCUCAAGUCCAGCUCUUCUUAG